UUAUGAGAAAUUGAUGUCUACGAUGAAAUGACCGUCAACAUUCAGAGCAAAGGUUAUGUUUACAGUGGUCCGUAUGGACGUUUGACGUCUCAGGAAUUGCCCUGCCCUGUUUUGAAGAUUAGUCAAGAUGAACAGAAGCCCCUCUGUCAUUGCGUUUGUGUGUCGCUGCCGAAAGGCGUUCGUUCCAUCGCUGCCAUCUCAAACUCACAGAUAUAACCGAUGUUUAAGUGUGCCAAAUCAGAGACGCUUUUUCGCCUCCAGCAGCAAUGAACAUAAUAUGAGGGAUUGUUUCCCAAAGCUGCCUAUAGAAGCGCCUGCCAUGUUCACUAUGGACUUGGCCCAGAGGCAAUUCAAACAAUUGACGUGGGCUGAAGGAAAUCGUCUAGACGUGGAAAAUGUCCUUACCACUAACGCUACAGCAGAGAAGGUUUUAAUGUUUGUCUCUGAAUGCGUGGCUAAGAAUGAAUUUGAAGUUUUAAAGGAAAAACUCAGCCCUGAAGCAUUGGAGAAAGCUCGCUCAAUAGCAACAUCAGAGUCCGAAACUGAUAACUUAAUUUUCAAAGGAACUUCUAAACAUUUGUUCUUUCAAUCAGAGACACGUUUCUUUACUCCAUGGGUCUUUACUGCUGAAAGAUGCGAUAUCAUUUUAACAUACCUUGGUUUAUUGGCUAGUAAACAGCGGCAAAGUUUGUGGGGCAUCACUUUGGUCAUAAGAAAAAGCGAAGAUGGCGACUUUUCAGAAGAUUUUGAUGUGACUGACUAUUUCUUUAAAACUGAAGUAUUUGAUUCAAACCAUGACGCUUAAGAACAAGAAUCAACUUGAAGCAGGUGAAGCAAACCAUUAGCAUUAAGCCUUGAUUUUGUAUGCUUAAAAUGAAACUGGAUGAAUAUUUGUGUAGGUUAAUUUAGUUUUAGAAUUAAAUUGUUUCGUAUGAAAUCUUGA